AUUCUAGCGUAAAAUGAAUGAAUUAUAAAGUGUCUAAAUUCGUCGAGCCAAGAUAUUUAAAUAUAAGACUACUUACCAAGAAAAAAAAAUCUAGUGUAGGUAUAAUUUAAGGCCAUACAUUUGUCCUAGUCAAAAUCCAAAAGUUUAGUUGUCUACAAUUGUCCCCUUCAAACGCAAAAAUAAAACCCUCUCCUUCUCUUCCUCUUCCUCUUCCACCUCUCUCUCUUCUCCAUUAUCUUCACCACCAUCUUCUCUCUCUCUAGAAAGCUCGCGCGCAUAUACAUACAACACACGUACGUUCAUACACACUAUAACUUUUCUUCGUUCUGUAAUACUCCGUAAAUUUUACCCUAGAAAAAGUUUAUUCGAUAUGGAAAGUACUCCAGAGUUCUUCCAAAGAAGCAAAGUCGUCGUCAGUGACCAUUUCGUCGUGGAGGAUCUCUUAGACUUCCCCAACGACGAUGAAAUAUUGGUCACUGAAGACAUGUUGGACGUUGAUAUUUCUACUGGAACCUCAAUGGAUUCUUCAUUUUCCGGUAGCAAUAAUAUUAAUCAAGAAUCACAGUUCCCUAGUGAUAUUGGCUGCCAGAGUUUCAAUGACGGGCAGUUUUCCGGUGAAUUCUCCGUGCCGUAUGAUGACUUGGCUGAGUUGGAAUGGCUAUCGAAUUUCGUUGAAGAAUCAUUUUCGAGUGACGACUUGCAGAAGCUACACCUGGCGUCGGGAAUGAAAGUCCAAGCUGAUGAAGCUUCUGCAACUCAUCAAUGUCAUUCAGAGCUGAAUCGGGCUAUAACUAGCCCGAUUUUCAGGCAUGAGAUUUCCGUCCCUGCUAAGGCACGUAGCAAGCGGUCUCGUGCAGCACCAUGCAAUUGGGAGUCGCGCCUAAUGGUAUUGGCUCCUUCAACCAACCCAACUCCAACUACAACAACAACUCUGACCAUGUCAUCGUCAGCAGAGUCUGAUGUUACAUCUAAUUUUAGUAAAAAGAAAGUGAAAACAACUCCGAAGAAAAAAGAAAGUUACCCUAGUUCGAUUUUUGCCAAGACAAGCAACAGUGAAGGUCGAAAAUGUCUUCAUUGUGCUACUGACAAGACACCACAAUGGAGAACCGGGCCAAUGGGCCCAAAAACUCUCUGCAAUGCUUGUGGAGUGAGGUAUAAGUCGGGCCGACUCGUGCCCGAGUACCGGCCCGCAGCAAGCCCGACUUUUGUGCUCACCAAACACUCCAAUUCUCAUCGUAAAGUAGUCGAGAUUAGGAGGCAAAAGGAACUUCUUCAAGUCCAACAACAUCAACAACAAUUUUUUCAUCAGAACAUGAUGUUCGACGUAUCCAAUGGCGAUGAUUACUUGAUUCAUCAACUUAUUGGGACCGAUUUUCGGCAUCUAAUUUAGUGAUUUGAUGGUAUAACAGUGUAGGUAGUUUAUUUUAAGAAUUUGAGAGAAUUUCUCAAAAUUUUCCUAGAUUAAUAUCCUAGGACUAGAUUCCUAAUUUAUUUUGGAUUUGUUUUAGCUUUAUAAUUAGGGUAAAAGAACAAGAGAUUAAUUAAUAUGAAAGAUGAAUGAGGAAAAAAAAAAAAGUUGAAGGAACAUUACAAGUAGGAGCUAGUGUAGCGAUUUAAUUAUCUCCUAUGUUCAUUUUCCAUUUGCCAAAAACAGUU